UAGCUGAUGGAGGAAUGGAAGAAGGCGAACACUGAAGCAAGCAUGGCGAUGGGGAAGGCGAAGAGAUCGGGGAAGAAGCAUUCCGUGACACGACCUGGAAAGGGCAGAAGGAGAAGCGGACAUCAGAAGAAGAAGAAGAAGAAGAAGGUGAGGGAGAUCUCUAGCGACAACUCGAAAGAAGAAAGCUCCACGGAAGAAGAGUCGACCGAUACUACGACAUCGGAAUCCGAAUCGGAACUACUAGCGAUAAGGAGAGCUCGAAGAGGGAGGGCGAAGAAACGGUCGCAAGGAAAACGGAGAGCCACGAAGGUCAUUCCUUCAUGUGGGUUUAUGACUGCUCGUUCCCCAGGACUGAGGGCCUUCCUUCGCUUUCUGAGUGGCCUCUACUCAUGUCUCAAUCGUGGUGGCACUCCCGUUACCCAUACCCAGUCCUCCGGAAGUGCGAUGCGGGUGCUGGUCUCCCUUCAUAUCGAUAAUGUUUUUGUUCGGAUUAAGGAAUCGGGUUGCCAGGAGAUCUGUGAGAUGCGAGAGGAGCGCUAUCUUGUUUGCGCUGUCCUCCAACUAGCUGUUCUCGGCCUCGCUUCGCCAUUUUGCUGCCAUGACUAUGAAUGGCAGAUCCUAUCUAGCCUAGACUACAAUGCCGCUGAUGACGUCAACAGCUCCCCGAAGUACGAGCAGAUCUCGGACAAUGCCGUACGCUUCAAGCACCAGGGCCCGUACGGUUUCGAAGACACGAUCGGUGCAGGAGGCGCACCUCUGACAUUUAUAGCACUGGUUUUGAUACCUUGUAUCUGGUCCAUUCCACUCGCUCUUCUAACUGCAGAGCUGUCGUGCAUGAUUCCAGAGAGUGGAGGCAACGUGGUAUGGGUCCACAGGGCGUUUGGUCCUUUCUGGGCCUUCUUCAACGGCUGCAUUGCAAGCGCAUGCAGCAUCUUGGACAACGCACUUUAUCCCGUCCUUUUCAUCGACUACGUCAAUGCCAUCACCUUCAACUUUGAGGAAGGGAAUGGGAUGUCGUCGUCAUUGUGCAUGCUGAUCAAGGUUGCUCUUGCUGUGUCCGUAGCGGUUGUCAACAUAUGUGGAAUCGACCUCAUCGGUACGGCCUCACUUGCUACCGGACUUAUUGUCUUGUCGCCAUUUACUGUGAUGGUUCUGCUCGGGUUGCGCUACCUCAGCCUUGAAUGGGGACCGUCAAGCUCGCCGCAUCCAGUGCGUUGGGGUCGAUUCAUCACAGUUCUUCUCUGGAACACAUCAGGGUAAGUUGUCAAAGGGGCUCUCCUCAAAGACAUAUAGUCAGUAUUAAUCACACUGGGACUUUCUGGACUGCUAUUUGGACUUAAUUGCGGUCUGGUACAUCCAGGACCUACAAUAAAUUCCAUAACUGCGA